AUGAAGUCUCAUCGCUGCUAUGACCUGAUUCCCACCAGCUCCAAAUUGGUUGUAUUUGAUACUUCCCUACAGGUGAAGAAAGCUUUCUUUGCUUUGGUGACUAAUGGUGUCCGUGCUGCCCCUUUGUGGGACAGUAAGAAGCAAAGUUUUGUGGGCAUGCUGACCAUCACCGAUUUCAUCAAUAUUCUACACCGUUACUAUAAGUCAGCCUUGGUACAGAUCUAUGAGCUAGAAGAACACAAAAUAGAAACUUGGAGAGAGGUAUACCUACAGGACUCCUUUAAGCCACUUGUCUGCAUUUCUCCUAAUGCCAGCUUGUUUGAUGCUGUCUCUUCCUUAAUUCAAAACAAGAUCCACAGGCUGCCAGUUAUUGACCCAGAAUCAGGCAACACCUUGUACAUCCUUACUCACAAGCGUAUUCUCAAGUUCCUCAAAUUGUUUAUCACUGAGUUCCCCAAGCCAGAGUUCAUGUCUAAGUCUCUGGAAGAGCUACAGAUUGGCACCUAUGCCAAUAUUGCGAUGGUCCGGACUACCACCCCCGUCUACGUGGCUCUGGGCAUCUUUGUACAGCACCGAGUCUCAGCACUGCCAGUGGUGGAUGAGAAAGGGCGCGUGGUGGACAUCUACUCCAAGUUUGAUGUUAUCAAUUUGGCAGCGGAAAAGACCUACAACAACCUAGACUUAUCUGUGACCAAAGCCCUCCAGCAUCGAUCACACUACUUUGAGGGUGUUCUCAAGUGCUACUUGCAUGAGACUCUGGAGACUAUAAUCAACAGGCUGGUGGAGGCAGAGGUUCACCGACUGGUAGUGGUGGAUGAGAAUGAUGUGGUCAAGGGCAUUGUGUCACUGUCUGACAUCCUGCAGGCUCUGGUGCUCACAGGUGGAGAGAAGAAGCCCUGAGCAGGGGGAUGGGAUCAAGGCAGCAUCGGGACAUGGCCCAUUCACCACCUCAUGGAAGCUCUGGGAAGCAGAUGAAACCCUGGGAGAAUUGAGCUGACGCUUUCCCUGUGCAGGAAGCCCCACCCUCUCUGCAGAAGAUGGGAGACAUGAGGAAAAGGAGAAAGAAGUUUAGCUGCCCCUUCCCUCACACACGUAGAGAACUUUCAGCUAGCCAGUCCUGGCCUGUCCUUAGGCCUAAUCCCCUUUAGGGUGAAACAGGGGCUCUGCUCCCCAGGCAAAUUCUGAUCUCUAAGAGAUCCCUAGACCUCACCCUGCCUCUGCUUUUGCCUCUGUCCUGACUCUGCCGUAAGAUAACAGCACAACAAAUUUGUCAUAAAGAUAUUUUUAUUCUUCCUGUUCAUGCUGUAUGGAGGAGGCUGAGUCCAUUUAGUGGCAUCUCUUGCCCUCACUUGAGUGAGGAGGCUUGUGGGGAGGACAGCCUUUGGGUCCCUGUGCUGUGUGCAUAUGAAGCGAGAUGGUUAGGUGGAGGAGCAGGGCAAAGUGGUUCGCCAAGGUUAUUUUUAUGGCAAAUCUAAUUAAAUGACAACAGUCUCA